AUGAUCAUCCAGUCCAUCGCCCUCCUCGACCAGCUCGACAAGGACCUGAACACCUUCGCCAUGCGGGUGCGGGAAUGGUACUGCUGGCACUUUCCGGAGCUUCGGGACUUGGUCAAGGACAACUACGUCUUCGCCCGCUGCGCGUCCUACAUCCAGGACCGGGCGUCUCUGACGGAGGAGAAGCUGGAGGGCCUGACGGAGAUCACCUUUGACGAGGAGCUGUCUCAGAGCAUUUUGGCGGCGGCCAAAACGAGCAUGGGGAUGGACACGUCCGCCUUCGACAUGGGCAACAUUGUCGCGUUCACCACCCGGAUGGUCAAGCUGGCCGAAUACAGGAAGCAGCUCCAUGCCUACUUGUUGGAAAAGAUGGCGACGGUGGCGCCGAACCUGGGCACUCUCAUCGGUGAGACCGUCGCGGCCCGUCUCAUUGCCAAAGCCGGCUCCUUAACCUCCCUGGCCAAGUCCCCCGCCUCCACCAUCCAGAUCCUAGGCGCGGAGAAAGCGCUCUUCAGGGCCUUGAAGACCAAGGGGAACACCCCCAAGUACGGACUUAUCUACCAUUCGUCCUACAUCGGCCGGGCGGCCGCCAAGAACAAAGGCCGCAUCUCCAGAUAUCUAGCCAACAAGUGUUCGAUCGCCUCCCGCAUCGACACGUUUGCGGAAGAGCCCACGACCCGGUACGGAGAAAAGCUGAAGGAGCAGGUGGAGGAGAGGCUCCGUUUCUAUGACACAGGGGCCGCGCCACGGAAGAACGUGGAUGUGAUGAACGCUAAGAAGAAGAAGAAGAAGAAGGAGAAAAAGAGGGAGGAGGAGGAAGAAGAGGAGGAGGACGCGACAAGCUCGCCAACGAAAGAAGGGAAGAAGCGGAAGGCGGAAGUUGAGGAGAGCGCGGAGAAGAAGAAGAAGAAGAAGAAGAAGAAGGAGAAAAAGUAG